AUGUCCACUCCACCCAAGAGGAAAGAUCCAAGUAAGAAAAGUGCAAGUGCAAGGCCGCCCACUCUGAUAAAUGGCCUCACCAAGGAGGAGCUGUCCAAGGAGCAGAUGAUGGAGCACAUUGCUCGCCUUCAGGAGGAGCUGGACAGAGAGAGGGAGGAGAGAAAGUUCUUCCAGCUGGAGAGGGACAAGUACCACUCUAUGAGGGAAAUCACUGCAACCAAACUAGAGGAGGUCAGGGCCAAGCUGAAAACCUUGGAGCGGGCCGCUGAAGAGGACGAUGAACGUUAUCGAGUCGAGAACGAAGUGUACGAGCAGAAGCUGAAGCACCUCCUGUGUGAACACCAGAACACAGUCUCUGAGCUGAAAGAAGCCCGUUUGGUCACCGCUGACACGCUGCACGAGGAGCAGGAUGAGCUGGAGGACGAGCUUUCUAACAGCAUGAGGGCUAUCAUGGUAGACAUGCAUGGCUCGGACUAUGAAAAUCAAGUCAAGGAACUUGAGCUGAAACACCAGGAAGAAAUGGCUGCAACCAGGGACAACCUGGAGAGGCUAUUUACAGAAACUACAGCCAAAUAUGAGGAAAAGAUGCAGAUGCUGCAACAAGAGCAGGAGAUGAUGACGGAUAAUCAGUGCAGCGAGCGAGAGCUGCAGUGGAAAAGCCACAUCGUGGAUCUUACAGAAGAUCACAACAAAUUCUUCAGGGACACCACCACGGAGGCUAAUUUCAAGUUGAAGCAGGACGUUGAGGCCAUCGAUGAACUCAACGAAGAAAUCCCUAAACUGAAGCUGGAAGUGAGGAAGAUGACGCAGGACACGCAGUCUGUUUUGCAGGAAAACCUUCAUCUUACUGAGCUUCUGACUAAAGUCAGGACGGAAACCGCUUACUUGGAGAAGAAAGCAAAAUUCUGCUCCGAGAAAAAGAUCAAAAACCCCAAAAUAAAAGUCCUGAAAGACCUGAAAGCGGAUCACGGGGUUUUGGAACAAAGAUUCAGCAAGCUUCAGCUGGAGCGGGACGAGCUGUUGGGGUCAUUUGAGCAGAAUGUUCUGAGGAAGCAGCAUGAAGCAGAUUUGCCGAAUGUUUUGUUGGAGCGCAAGCUUCAGACCGUGAAGGAUCGUCUGGAGGAGGUCGAGGCUCAGCUCCAGUCUGUGCUCUCAGCUCCCAACAUGGACCACGCCGCCCUCAUUGGCCUCACAAACAAAAUGGAGGUACUGCUGGAGAUUCACUCCUUGUGA